UUUCUUGUGUUCCAAUUACUGUUCAAGCUCUACUAAAUAAUUCACCAUUUCCAUGAAAGUUUUUGUUAAUCUCUGGUUCCCUGGCAAUAAGUUACAGCUUGCAGAUUGAUAAGCUUCCAAAUUCAAAUGGCCUAUUACAAAGUAUUUAUUUCAGUUUCUCUCUACACUUACAUUUCUUCUUUACUGGUUACUUCUACUGCUAUUGUUCAUUCCAGUGAUAUUUCUUGCUUAAAAUCGAUUAAAGAUUCUGUGGAAGACCCUGGCAAUUCUUUAGUAUCGUGGAACUUCCAUAACGAUUCAAAUGGCUUCAUAUGCUUAUUUACAGGAGUUGAUUGCUGGCAUCCUGACGAGAAUAGAGUCUUAAACCUCAGACUAUCUAAGAUGAGGCUGAAGGGCCAGUUUCCUCGAGGGCUUGAGAACUGUACCAGUUUAACUGGCUUGGACCUUUCAGUUAAUGAGUUCCAUGGAACAAUUCCAUUAGACAUUGAGAAAAAGAUACCAUUUGUAACAAGCCUCGAUAUAUCCUUCAACAAUUUUUCUGGUGAAAUCCCACCAAGUAUUGCAAAUUGCCGUUUUCUGAAUGUUCUCAAACUCGACCAUAACCGAUUAAAUGGUCGUAUCCCACAACAACUUGGCCAGCUUGAACGGAUCAAGACCUUCAGUGUUGCGAACAAUCUAUUAUCUGGGCAAGUGCCAAACUUUGUGAACGGCAAUAUCCCAGCUGAAAACUACGCUGAUAACAUCAGACUCUGUGGAGGGCCGUUGGAAGAAUGCACGCCUCCGAGGAAAAUCAACUGGAAAGUGAUUGGUUAUACACUUUCUGCGGUUUCAGUGAUGGUCACACUAGCUUGUUGCGUGCCCUGGGUGCCUGUUGGGGAGAAGAAGAAAAAGAUGACCACCGCAGCAGCCAUUAUCAUGCAGAUGAUAAGGAGGAAGAAGGUGAAAAAAGAGGAGCUCGUGGAUGGGUUUCCGAUGCAAGAAACAGAGAUUUCUAAGUUGGAGAAAUUUGUUACGAGAAUGAGUUACAUAGAUCUCAGCAUUGCAACAGAAAAUUUCAGCCAGCAAAAUAUCAUUGGACAGGGACAAAUGGGAACAAUGUAUAAGGCAACCCUUCCUAAUGGUUGGUGCCUCGCAGUGAAGAGAUUACAUAACUCUCAACAAUUUGAGCAACAGUUCAUGUCUGAAUUAAAGACAUUAGGUAGAUUCAGACAUGAUAAUUUAGUUCCACUCUUGGGAUUCUCCAUAGAGUUGAAGGAAAGGCUUCUGGUGUACAAAUAUAUCUCCAAUGGGAAUCUCUUUGAUUGGUUGCAUUCAGCAGAAGACAAGAGGAAGAUCCUUGAAUGGCCUCUGAGAGUGAAAAUUGCUGUUGGAUUAGCAAGAGGCUUGGCAUGGCUUCACCAUAGCUGCAAAUUCCACUUGGCAAAUCUCAACAUAAACUCAAAGUCUGUUCUACUUGACAAGAACUUUGAGCCCAAGUUGUCAAAUUUUGGAAGGGCAAGGAGAAGUUUAGCUGCAAAAACUGAAUUCUUGGAAUCGAGUUCUGUGAAAGAAGAUGUCUACAACUUCGGCAUUGUGGUCCUUGAGAUGAUCACCAGUAAAUACCCCACUUCAACAGGCAGCUCUGGCAGGAGCUUGGAGGAAUAUGUAAGUAGUAUCUCUACUAGCUCUGCUUCUUGUACGUAUGAUGCUAUUGACAAGUGUUUGAUAGGGAAAGGACACGAUGAUGAGAUUUUCCAGCUCUUUAGAAUUGCUUGUGACUGUGUCCAACAAUUGCCAAAGCGAAGGCCGAACAUGCUUCUUGUGUACGAAAUGAUUAGGGACAUCAGAGAGACACAAGUCCUUCCAAAUUGAUUAUUCCGAAAAACUUUGUGCAAUUUGAAAUUGCUUCACCAACUUUCAGAGCUGAAAUAUGUAACUUUUUUUUAAAAGAAAUACAAUACAAAUAUUGUAUAGUAAUGAUUAAAUAUUUUUAUUGAUUGUAUA